AUUUAACGACUUGUACAGGCCAAUCAUCGGGAUGGAUUUUUCCUUAUGGGGUGAGUAUGUCAAAAGACAGAGACAGAUGGAUGAGGUUUCGUCUUACAAUGGGGACGUUGACAGGUCGUUCACCCGUGACAUGGGCAGCUCCACAGUUCACUCCAUGAAGAUGAUGCAGCAUCUGUAUGACCAGCUGUGUGCCCAGUCUGAGUUCUGUGACAUUACUCUGGCAUUUGCAGGCAUUGAGAUGAAGGCCCACUGGUGUGUCCUGGUGGCCUGCCCCUACUUUCAGUCCCUAUACAACAGUGGCAUGUGUGAGAAGGUGCAAGGAAAGGUGCACAUUCGAGUAGGGAAACUUUCUGCAGUAAGGUCUGCAAUAACAUUCUUGUAUACUGGCACCAUCAAAAUUCAGUAUGCAGCAAUCCGCGAUAUUCUAGAGGUUGCUGACUACCUACAGAUAGAUGACCUUAAAUCUGAGUGCACUAAUUACCUAAUGGGAGUUGAAGUGAGCAUCAGUAACUGCGUACACAUGUGUUUGCUUGCAAGUCAGUAUGACUUGGAUAACUAUCCAAGAGUAUUUGAAUACAUGCGAGGACAUCUGCCGGAAGUGUUACAACAACCAGAUAUGCUCAUUUUAACUGCUGAAUCAGUUGUAGAAAUGAUUAAGGAUCCUACUUUGAGUUACGUUCCCAGAAUUGACUUCUUCAAGUUCAUUUUAAAGUGGGUGGAGAAUGACAAAGAGCAGCGAAUGAGGUUUUUUGAGGUCAUGUUUUGUGCAUUGGAGCUUCAAAAAAUGAAUAAGGAAUUCUUGGAAAUGGAGGUGGAAACCUGUGAAUAUGUUGCCAUGUCAGAAAAAUGCAAGGUGCACUUGUUAAAUGUGAAAAUGAAAUACAUGACUGGUCUGUUGUCUGCGGAUGGCAAGACAGACGUGAUGUUGUUGGUGGGUGGCUGUGGAAUGGGACCACUGUUUCACGCAUUCUAUGCGGUGCCAUUCCUACCUGUGGUGGACCUUCAGUCCCUUAACUGUGUCUAUGGGUAUGUGAUCAGUGACAAUCGCUGGGUGGAGCUAGCGCCGUUGCCAAUGGCAAUGAGGCGUCCAAUAGUGGCCUUUCACAAUCAGACUAGCUGCUUAUAUGUGUAUGAUGGAAGUGUUGGAAUUCCUGUUGAGGACAAGAUAGCAUACCUUCAUAAGUAUGACAUAGUUGGUAAGGAGUGGACAACGGUUCAGAUCCGUCUCCCAGCUCCCGUUGAUGAUAUAACAAUCCAUGCUAUUUUAUUUCUUAGUGACAACCAGUACAUGGUGGCCUCUGCAAGGCCAUACUCCUCUGAUCCCCAGAAAACUACACAGCAAAACGUCUAUAUGUUCCGUAUAAAUAGUGAUUUGACUCAGUGUUGCACCAUUGAAACUCUGUGCACCAGAAAUUUCAAGACCGAAGUUCAGGUCUGUGUAGCAGAAGGCAAGUACAUUUGCGUAAUGUGCUAUAAAUGUGGACCUUCAGGAAUCAAGAGGAACAAAACCGUGCGCUUUUUCGUGAAAGAUGUUACCAAGGGACAAGCAAGAAUACCAGAAUUUUCUAGAGGUGCUACCCACGAAUCGCUGAUGUUUGCCAUAAACCAUGAGGUGUACGUGACUAAGCCAGGGUGCUACAGAUUCAGAAAGUUUGACCUGCGAACCCUGCGUUGGGCAGCUGGAAAAGAGCUGAUAGUUCCAUAUUCCGAGGACUCUGCAACUAGUGCUAGGAAUGACUUUGUCCACGGCACAUUUAAGAAUAAAAUGUUCAUUUUCGGAGGCCGCAAUGGUAAAACGUUGGUCAACACAGCCUGUGCUGUGGAUGUCACCGCCAGAAAGCUAGAAAACCUGGAACCUGUACCAAAACCAAUUGCGGAUGGCACAGUUAUUCAUGCAAGGAUACCAAGCGAUGUCAUAAGUUGCCAUAUUGACUGUCCCCACUGCAAGUAUACAAGUAUGCGGUCGGUCGUAUCCUACAAUGGUGUGGAGUAUCCCGAUGAAGAUGACAUCUAUGAUCAUGAUCUGUCCUAUGAUGAUGAAGAAGACGAUGAUGACAUGUAUUCAGACUUUUGGGACAAUGAUAUGUAUGACAGAGUCGACAUGUAUGGAAACUAUGAUUGGUUUUAAAAUUGAGGUGACAUAUACUGAUGUUAUGGUAAACUUACUGUAUAGGCAAGUUUUAUAUUGUAUUACUGGGUAGUUUGCUUUUUGUACUAACGGAUAGAUUGCAAAGGUAACAACAGCGUGAGACUGGGUAAGGUAUGUAUACAUAAUUAUAUAUAUGUACAGCAUUUGUGAAAAGAAACUAGCACCUUUUCUUCAAACACAUCAUGUUUUCAUGGGUUUACUGUCAUGUUUGAUCCUGACAUAGGUUCUGAAUGAUUGUCCAUCUAAGUUUUAGCUUUGUGGUAUGAAUAUGAUGUUACUUGAAAAGGCAAAACUGUUUCAUUUAAACUACAACAUCUGCAACUAUCCAUACAACAUUGACGAACUUAUUAAUUGACUAUUUGAAUGUUCUUUAGUACAUUAACAACACCUUUAUUAGUGAAGUGCUAGUGUGCUAUGAUAAACAGACAGUAUUCUUGAGAGGUUGCUCAAUGCAUCAUAUGAAUAUGCAUAUUGCAAUGAGUUAAGCUGGUAUAUUGCUUAAUGUUUUGCAAUGAGACAUUGAAAAAAGAAUAUUUAUAAACGCGCUCUGAAAAAAUGCAUGUGCUUAAAAUGUCAUCCCAGAUUAGCUUGUGUGGAUGGCAUGGGCUAAUCAUGGAAGACGCAUUUCCUGAUUUAUGGAUUUUAUAGCUCACCUGAUUGCUCAGGUGAGCUUUUGUGACCGGUCUUUGUCCGUCAUAUGUCCGUCCAUCCGUUAACAUUUGCUCGUAAACACUCUAGAGGCCACAUUUCUUGUCCCAUCUUCAUUAAACUUGGUCAGAAGCUUUGUCCCAAUGAAAUCUCGGCCAAGUUCACUAGGUCAAAGGUCAAGGUCAAGAUGACCUGAAAUAGUAAAAUGGUUUCCGGAUGAUAACUCAAGAACGCUUAGGCCUAGGAUCAUGAAACUUCAUAAGUACAUUGACCAUAACUUGUAGAUGACCCCUAUUGAUUUUCAGGUCACUAGGUCAAAGGUCAAGGUCACGAUGACCCGAAAUAGUAAAAUGGUUUCCGGAUGAUAACUCAAGAACGCUUAGGCCUAGGACCAUGAAACUUCAUAGGUACAUUGAUCAUGACUCAUAGAUGACCCCUAUUGAUUUUCAGGUCACUAGGUCAAAGGUCAAGGUCACGGUGACCCGAAAUAGUAAAAUGGUUGCCAGAUGAUAACUCAAGAACGCUUAUGCCUAGGAUCAUGAAACUUCAUAGUAACAUUUAUCAUGGCUCGAAGAUGACCCCUAAUGAUUUUCAGGUCACUAGGUCAAAGGUCAAGGUCACGGUGACCUGAAAUAGUAAAAUGGUUUCUGGAUGAUAACUCAAGAACGCUUAUGCCUAGGAUCAUGAAACUCCAUAGGUACAAUGAUCAUGAUUGCAGAUGACCCCUAUUGAUUUUCAGGUCACUAGGUCAAAGGUCAAGGUCACGGUGACCUGAAAUAGUAAAAUGGUUUCUUGAUGAUAACUCAAGAACGCUUAUGCCUAGGUUCAUGAAACUUCAUAGGUAUAUUGAUCAUGACUCGCAGAUGACCCCUAUUGAUUAUCAGGUCAAAAGGUCAAAGGUCAAGGUCACAGUGCCAAAAAUGUAUUCACACAAUAGCUAUCAAGGUCACGGUUACUCAACUUAGAAAAAUGGUUUCUGGAUGAUAACUGAAGAAUGCUUAUGCCUAGGAUCAUGAAACUUCAUAGGUACAUUGAUCAUGACUCGCAGAUGAAAUAAUGGUGAAACUUGACCAGGAUGUUUGUCUGUACAAUAUCUAGGUCAAGUUUGACAUUUGGUAAAGAUUUAAUGAACCGACUCCUCUUAGGUGAUCGAACUAGGGCCAUCUUGGCCCUCUUGUCAUUGAAAGUAAGUCUUCUUAGCCAAAAUCUAGUGAAGUGUCGUCCCUGAUUAGCCUGUGCUGACUGGGACAACACUUUGUGCACAUGCAUUAGGCCCCAUUUUUAGCUCAUUUUUUGUGACUCGUCUUUGUCCGUCGUCUGUCCGUCUGUUCGUCCGUCAACAUUUGUUCGUAAACACUCUAGAGGCCACAUAUUUGUCAGAUCUUCAUGAAAUACGGUCAGAACAUUUGUCCCAAUGAUAUCUCGAUCGAGUUCGAAACUGGGUCAUGCUGGGUCAAAAACUAGGUCCCUAGGUCAAAAAAAAAGAAAAACCUUGUAAACACUGUAUAAGUCACAUUUCAUGCCCAAUCUUCAUGUUACUUUGUCAAAAUGUUUGCCUUAAUGAUAUGUUGGUUGAGUUCAAAAUGGUUCCGGUCCGUUGAAAAACAUGGCCACCAGUGGGCGGGGCAGUUUUCCUUAUUUGGCUAUAGAGAAACCUGGUAAACACUCUAGAAGUCACAAUUUUUGCCCAACAUCAUGAAAGUUGGUCAAAACAUUGGUUUAAUUGAUAUCUCGGACGAGUUCAAAAAUGGUCCAGAUCGGUGAAAAAACCUGGCCGCCAGUGGGCGGGGCAUUUUACUCUAUAUGUAUAUAGUGAAAACAUGUGACACUCUAGAAGUUAUAUACUUUUUUAUACCCCCACAAACGAAGUUUAGGGGGGUAUGUAGGAGUGAACUUGUCGGUCGGUCGGUCUGUCUGUCGGUCCGUAUUAAGUGUCCGCUCUCUAAUUCAAGUAGUUUUCAUCCGAUCUUCACCAAACUUGGUCAGAAGAUGUAUCUACAUAAUGUCUAGGCCAAGUUCGAACAUGGGCCUUGCCAGGUCAAAAACUAGGUCACGGGGUCACUUAGUGCGUUUUAAACAUUCAGCAUGUUGUCCGCUCUCUAAUUCAAGUAGUUUUCAUCUGAUCUUCACCAAACUUGGUCAGAAGUUGUAUCUACAUGAUGUCUAGGCCAAGUUCGAACAUGGGCCUUGCUGGGUCAAAAACUAGGUCACGGGGUCACUUAGUGCAUUUUUAACAUUCAGCAUGUUGUCCGCUCUCUUAUUCAAGUUGUUUUUUUCCGAUCUUCACCAAACUUGGACAGAAGUUGUAUCUAGAUGAUCUUAAGGCCAAGUUCGAACAUGGGCCUUGCCGGAUCAAAAACUAGGUCACGGGGUCACUUAGUGUGUUUUUUAACAUUCAGCAUGGUGUCUUCUCUCUUAUUCAAGUAGUUUUCAUCUGAUCUUCACCAAACUUGGUCAAAAGAAUUAUCUAGAUGAUCUGAAAGCCAAGUUUGAACACGGGCCAUACCAGAUCAAAAACUAGGUCAAAGGGUCACUUUGUACGUUUUACACAUUGAGCAUGGUGUCCGCUCUCUGUUUCAAGUAGUUUAAAUCUGAUCUUCCCCACACUUGGUCAGAAGUUGUAACUAGAUGAUGUGUAGGUCAAGUACGAAAAUGGGCAAUGCUGGGUCAAAAACUAGGUCAUGGGGUCACUUAGUGUGUUUUAAACCUCACCAUGUUGUCCGCUCUCUAAUUCAAGUAGUUUUUAUUCAAUCUUCACCAAAAUUGGUCAGAAGUUAUAUCUUGAUAAUGUCUAGGGCAAGUUUAAAUAUAGGUCAUGCCGGGUCAAAAACAAGGUCACUGGGUCACAUAGUGCGUUUUAAACAUCACAAUGUUGUCCGCUCUCUAAUUCAAGUAGUUUUCAUCCAAUCUUUACCAAACUUGGUCAGAAGUUGUAUCUAGAUGAUGUCUAGGUCAAGUUUGAAUAUGGGUCAUGCCGGGUCAAAAACUAGGUCACGGGGAAUCUCAGUGCGUUUUAAACCUCACCAUGAUGUUGUCCGCUUUCUAAUUCGAGUAGUUUUCAUCCAAUCCUCACCAAACUGGGUCACAAGUUUUAUCUAAAUGAUCUCUAGGACAAGUUUGAACAUGGGCCAUUCCGGGCCUAAAACUAGGUCAGGGGGUCACUUAGUGUGUUUUUUAACAUUCAGCAUGGCGUCCGCUCUCUAAUUCAAGUAGUUUACAUCCGAUCUUCACCAAACUCGGUCAGAAGUUGUAUGGAGAUGAUCUUAAGUUAGAACAUGGGCCUUUCUGGGUCAAAAACUAGGUCAAGGGGUCACUUAGUGCGUUUUAAAAAUUAAGCAUGGUGUCUGCUAUUUUUUGUGAAGACGACAUGCAAAAUAUUAUGUGUCAAUACAGCAUGUGGGGGUAAUAGUCACGUCUGUGACAAAGCUCUAGUUGGUCCAAUUUUCAUGAAAUUUGGUCAAAACAUUUGUGUUCUUGAUACGAGAGUUGAGUUCCAAAAAGGUUCCGGUAAGUUGAAAAACAUGGCUGCCGGGGGGAGGGGGGUAGGGCUCACACAGGUUGGGUCAGAUAAUACAUAAGUUAAUUAAAAUAAAACUACAUUAUUUAUAAUAGCAUGUUUUAGCGUUCUUAAAUAUUCAACUGUUUGUCAAAUAUAUUGUAUUGAAUAUUAUACUUUUUAUUGUUUUGAUUUAAUUUAAUUAUUUAAUUAUGAAUGAACUUUAUAUUACUAUAAUUUAUUAAGUUUACACAACGAUGUUGAAAUUAAUAAGCAAACGUAAGUAUUACUUGGAAUAGCGAUCAAAAGUGCAUGUAUAGGAAAAAAACCUGUCAAGCAAAAAUAAAGCUUGUCUAAUUUUGAGGAGUGAAGCCAAAAAUAACUUUCACUGUAAGCUCUAACUGCCUUUUCUACUUUGAAGUCAAUAUAUUUUAUAAUACAAGUUUCGUUUUUUUAACAUCGCCAUUUUGGGAUCUAAAAAACAAAACUCUACAUUUCUGCUUUUGGUGCGUUACUUCUAUUAAUGUAUGACAAUUUGUAAUAACAACACUGCUUUAACUAAUAAAGGAUGUGAUUUUACUACACGUUUAACAUGUAAUCUUGUACUUCGUAGCUAGCGACCCGAACCGGUAUCGUUGCAGAAACUUUGACCCGGAUCGGCAGGUAUUUUUUUGACCCGCGGAUUCGUGUUUUUUCGGGUACCCGUUUGAGCACUAGAGGGGGGCAGUUUUCUUUUAUUUAUAUAGUAAAAAAAGCAUGUGAACACUUUAGAAGUCAAAUUAUUUGCCCAAUCAUCAUGAAACUUGGUGAAAAGAUUGGUUUUAUAUAUAAGUCAGAUAAGUUUGCAAAUGGUCCUGAUCGGUCAAAAAACAUGGCUGUCGGGGGGGGGGGGGGCAAUUUUUCUUAUAUGACUAGAGAGAAACCUUGUGAUCGAACAAUAUAGAAGUCACAUUUUUUGCCUAAUCAUCGUGAAAAUUAGUCAAUACAUUGGUUUUAUUGAUUUCUCGAACAAGUUGGAAAAUGGCUCAGAUCGGUGAAACACAAUUUUAGCUCAACUGAUUGCCCUUGGAUUGUCAAAGUUUUCAUUAUAUUAUACAAAAUCCUUGUAAUCACUCUAGAGGUCACAAUUUUGUUUCAGAUUUUAUGAAUCUUAGUCAUAAUAUUUAUUUUUGUAAGCAAAGUUUGAUGUUUGGUAAGGCGGGUCAACUCAAAAUAUAGUUAACCAGGUCAAAUCUUACAAAAACAAAAACACUCCAUACGUCAGAGUUUUGGUUCAAUAAUGAUGAAACUUGACCACAGGUUUUUUUUUCCACUUUUUAGGAAGAUAGCCCAUGGCUUUGGAAUUGGGAAUUUUAUCGGCAUUUUCAUGAAAUUGGGAAAAUAAAUUCAUUAGCCUUUUUCUCCACACGAAAAGUCCACUGAUUAGGGAAAUACUAAAUUUGAUUUAACUCUUUAUAAUCAUUCAAAUUAAAAGAAAAAAAUCAUAUAAUAUUUUGUUAGAUGUAAUUGAAUUAAAAUUGAGAUAAAAUACACAUACGACUUCUUUCUAGAAAAAAAAAAAAAAAAAAUUUUUUUUUUUUUUUUUUUUUUGGAAAUUGGGAAUUUUUUGCCACAUUUUGGGAAAAAAGUAUACUUUUUGGGAUUGGGAACAUAGCCGAAUUUCGGCUAUAAAAUCGGGCCAAAAAAAACCCUGGACCAGGAUGUUUUGUCUGGACAAUAUCUAGGUCAAGUUUGACAUUUGGUAAACAUUGAAUGAACCAACUCCUCUCAGGUGAGCGAACUAGGCCAUCUUGGCCCUCUUGUAACAGAUAAUGGCUUAUAUAAAAAAAAUACUUAAGUGUUAAUAAAAAAAUGUAUUAUUUCAAAACACAUGUUUGGAAAGCAUUCAGUCUCUACUCUGUAAAUCUGUUAUCAUGUGCCAUGUUUCUUGUAUUGUAAAUUGAAAUGCCUUGAUGUGUUCCAUUUUAUUUCAUGUGAUGUGUCGUAAAAAGCAUACAUUGAAUGAUUUAGCAUAGCUCUAAUCUAGCUGUAUUAUUUUUAUUUUAAUGUAAUUUGUGUGUGUUUCACUUCUAUAGUGUGAUAUUUUAGUAUACUCAAUUACUUGAAGUUGGAUUUCAUUUGCAAUAAUGGUAUCCAAUAUUCUAAAUGGCCUUGAGGAAUUUUUAGACCUGUGCUCAAAUCUUUGCUUGCAUUUUGAAUGCAUAAUUCUUCACUUGAACUGCUUAUGCAAAUUAUAACAUUGCCGCUAUAUAUUCUCAUAUGAAAAUUUUUGUGAGCUACUGAAGAAAAUUAUUCAGAUAUUCUGUUAAAUACAGUGUGUGAAAGUGUAUAAAAAGAUUAUAUAUAAUAAAUUGUCCAUAUAUUAUUCUUAAGAUUUAAAUCCAAAUUUUAGCUUCUUACCAGAUUCAUACAAAAUUUGACAAUUAUCAAGGAACUUAUUCCUGCGUUCGGUGAUUAUUUAUCAAACAAUGCAUGUUUAUAAUCUUUCUAAUUAUAACAAAUGUAUUGAUUAUUGUUUUUAAACAUACCUGUAGUAGCAUACAUGUAAUACAUGUAACCUGAUUUUCUUUACAAAUCUCCUUUUCCAUAAUUUUUCAAAUGUAAAGAGCUCCAAAACAUUUUUAACAAAAAUGAGAAAACUUCAGCGACCAUAGGCCCACAGUCAAGACAUAUCCUAACCCCAUGCUUAAGUAAUCUUGGAAAAAUAUUAUUAAGCUCAUAGAAAUUUUGCACUUUUUUAAUUAUUUUUAGCUGUACUAUUCACUGAAUAGUCUAGCUAUACUUCUCACCCAAAAGGCGGCUUUGGUCAGUCUGCUUAAUGGUUUGGUCAAGGUUAAUGUGCAGCAUCUCCAUAUCACUGUUUCUACUACAGGUAUUCAAUGGAAACUUCACACAUAUAUUUUGGAUUAUUGUGUGAGUGCACAUACAACAUUCCAUAACUCUGGCCAGCCAUUUAGUAGAAUUACGCCCCUUUAUGUAGUUAGCCAAUUGGUAAGAGUAACCGUGCAACAGCUCCUUAUCACUGUAUCUAUGCCAGGUAUUAAAUUUACACGUUGCACAUUGUUUGUGGUCACUGGCCAAGUUCAAUAUUUCUGACCUGCAAUUUAGCAGUGUAAUUCCCUGUUUGUACUUUGAAAAUUUAGUCAUGUUAAAGUUUGCAUGCAACUUCUCCAUAUCUAUUUAUCUACUACAGAUGAAAACUUUCCAUACGUAUCCAUGGUCUUUAAAAACAAUCACUGAACAUGAACUAUAAUGUUGACCUACUUUAAGCAGGAUUGGUUCUUAUACAAUUAUGUUAAGGUUUGCAUGCAAGAUGAAAUUCAGGAUAGGGUUUGUCUGCAACAAGUGACCAUCUCUAUUACAGAAAUCCUAUUGAAACUUUGCACAUGUCUUCGGGAUCAAAAUGCAUGGUCACUGAUCAAAGCUGAUUAAUCUGAACUGUCAUUUAGCAGAAUUAUGCGCAUUUUUGUACUUUAAAAAAUCGGGUUAAUACUUUGUUAUACAGCUGAGAAAGUUCAGUGUUUUUGUUUGUAACAGCUUAAUGGCUCAACAUCUACUAUAUAUAUUCAAAUAAUAUUUCCUCUAAAUAACUCGGUGCUUCAAGGUAUUGUGCUGACGUUUGUGUGGACAAUCGUUAUAUCACUUGACUGACAGAAAAUGUGCAUGACACUAGCAAAGCAGAUGAAUAGUCCAGCAAUCUGUCUUGAGAGAGCUCUUGUUAGUAUUCAUUAAAGAAAUCUCAAAUCCAAGUGCAGCCUUGUCAGAUUUUGAUAUUUGUUUCAUUUGAUAUUUAUACACUCCUGUUGUGCUUAAAUUCUGUUCUAACCAUUUCAUUAAGUUUGUCUUUUGAGACAGCCACAGCAUAAAGAAUUUGGGAUAAAGUUCACCUUAAACAUCAGAAUCAGUUUAAACUGUCCUAUUUUGUGAAGACUUUAAACUGACUCUAAAUAAUACAUAUCUGAAAUAAAUAAGCGUAAAUAUUGCAAUUUUUUUUUUAAUAUAUGUCAUGUUUUGUAUGUGUUGACUUCAUUUGGAUAUCAUUGUUCACUUGUGUUAAUAAAUAUGUUUGCAAUGUGUUCAAUAAUUAUAUAAUCUGUAUGACUCUAAUAAACACCAAUGUUUAAAUGC